AUGUCACAAAUUCGAAAAGAAGCGGAAUUUCAAUUCAAUAUAUAUAUUUCCGUGCAAAUUAUCAUAACUAUUGUGAGUUUUGUUUUAUCAACAUGGCACAUAAUUUGCAUAGAAAAAUUGACAUUCAAAAUUGCUAAACAUGCUUCAACAAUCAAAGGAAAAUCAAAGGAACUGGCGGCCGAAAAGAAAUUAACUGAGAGGCUUCUCUAUCAAAUGUUACCAAAAAACAUAGCAAAAACAUUGAAGGAAUGCCAAGAAGUCAACGCAGAAUAUUUUGAAGAGGUCACCAUUUUCUUCAGUGACAUUGUUGAUUUUACUGAAUUGGGCUCACGAAGUUCCCCGAUGCAGAUAAUUGAUUUGCUUAAUGAUUUAUAUGGUUUAUUUGACGACCAUAUUGAAAAGUACGAUGUGUAUAAAGUAGAAACUAUCGGAGAUGCUUACAUGGUAGCUAGUGGUGUACCCACUCCAAACGGCAACGCGCAUGCAGUUCAUAUUUGCAAACUCGCCCUUGACCUUCAUGACGUCAUGAGGCAAUACCAUGUACCAACCUCAUUUGAAAGAGAGGAAAGUGUUAAAAUUCGAAUCGGAAUUCAUUCAGGACCUUGUGUGGCAGGGGUGGUAGGUAGAAAAAUGCCAAGAUAUUGCUUAUUUGGAGACACAGUAAACACAGCAUCAAGAAUGGAGUCUUCUGGAAUAGGUGGCAAAAUCCAUCUCAGUCCAUACACUUACAGCAUAAUAAAGCAUUUAGGAUGUUUUGAAGUUUCGUUGCGAGGAAGGAUUAUUUUAAAGCAGAAAAGGGGAUCCUCAGGAGGCAGAAGAAGACGUAGGAAGUGUAAGAAGGGUGGCAAUAUAACAACAGACGAUGCGACAAAAACUCAGGCUGUGGAAAAACCACAAAGCACUCCGAAGAUUCGCAGACCAUCGAAAACAGAAGGCAAUUCCAAAAAUACCAAAAAAGGUCUGAAGUGGAAAGCUCAGGACAACGAGUCAGAAAUGGUAGUGCGCAGCAUUCUUGAUGAACUCUUUGAUCGCGUUUGUAGCUAUUUUGAUGUACUGAGUACAAGUUUCGAUGCCAAAGAGAUAAAUGCAAAAAUCCCCGCUCUGCUGGCAGCUUCUAACCAGAAAAUCUUAGCUACAAGAGAUUUUAAUGCUGGACAUAGAAGAGCAACACUUUAG